UAUUUACCACUGGGCAGCAGCCACUCAACUGUGGAAGCCCUAUGAGCUUGGCCGUCUCGAUUUCCUGGGCAGUUGGUCCUACUUGUGCAUUCAAUUCGCCGAUGUUACCAGUGAAGAAGUUAUCGCCUAACGUCCUAAUCCUAAGCAGCUCCAAGGACAUAUCCAAGGAAGUUCUAUCAAAUGUGAUAGUCAUUGAGAAUGGCCACCAAGUCGAACGGAAUUUUCGAGAUGCUAGAGCAUUGGCUGAGAAGCUCGGAAAACGAAUCGUAAAGCCAACUGUCCCAGAGGACACCUCAACUACACUUCCCUCAUCGAGAGACCUAUCCCUACCGAUUUCAAAGAAAUGGUGUGAUGAAAUCUGAACAAUUAUUGCAUGCAUGUUAAUUACCAGUUAAUUACAAUUACGUUUACAUUACCGUUAAUUACGUUAAUAACAUGUGAAUUACAAUGUUACCAUGUAUAUAUAAAUUCUUUCCAGUGAA